AUGGACGAAGAUGACCGCAGCGAUGCCUGCUCAAUCCGCACAACUUCGUCUCGUUUCGCUCCCAGCGUAGCGAGCUCCGCUACCUCGCACGAUUGGGAGAUGCGCUCAGCCUCGCCAGCCCCCUCCAUAUAUUCCAUGACUGAUUCUCUCCGGGCCGCUUCCUAUCGACACGAAUAUGGCCGUGGACUGAACAAUUACUCAGAGGUCUACCGGCUGCCAGCGGACGAUGAGGAGUUUGACCGUCUCGAUCAGCAGCAUGCAAUGUUCGCGGAGGUCAUGGGCAGAUACGUGCCGCCGCUGCCGCACAUUCUCGAAGACGAUACGCCCGGCGAAAGGAAGACCUGCGUAGAUUUCGGUUGUGGGAGUGGAAGCUGGAUACUGGAUGUGGCGAGAGACUUUCCGCACUGUGAUACUGUCGCUGUGGACUUGGUUCCCAUGCAGUCCUUACACAUGCCGCCCAAUUGCAGGAGCGAGGUCGACGACAUCAACCUUGGCCUGCAGCAUUUCUACGGGGACUUCAACGUCGUGCAUGCCCGGCUGAUCUCGUCUGGGAUCCUGGACUACCAUGGCUUGGUCGAUCAAUUGUCGCAGACCCUCCGUCCUGGCGGCCUUAUUGAUCUGACCGAGUUCGACUUCCGCGUGUACGGGUCCGACUGCAAGCCCAUUCUGACAAACGGACGCUCGUGGUUUGCGACGUGGAUGAAUCUCGCCCACGAUGCCGUCCGACGAAGUGGUGGCGAACCCGACGCAGCAAAUCAUCUGCGUCAGUGGAUAUCACGACAUGGCGCGUUCGAGAACGUCGUUUACCGCGAGUUUUGGCUGCCAUCGGCGCCGUGGAGAAAGGGGAACGAUCCAGAGACGCAACGGCAGAACCGCAUUGCGGUCGUGUUCAGAAACGACAUCCUGGCAUUCUUGAGGUCUGGGCGUCCGCUGCUCCUUGGAAGUGGCAUAUCAGAGGCUGUCGUCGAUGAAGCAGAGGAAAACGCUCGCACUGAAUUGAUGGAUGCACGAAUGCGCACAUACAUUCGCGUGGAGAAUGUCUACGCCCUCAAGAAGCGUAAUUAA